AUGUCGCAUAAUAAAGUUGGAAAACUCAGCUUUAAAGGUGAUAAGGUUUCCAAAAAAAAGAAAAAGCGUAAAGCAGAAGAGUCUAUUGAUGAAGACAAUAAUCAUGAAGGUUGGGUUCGUGUUGAAUCACUUGACGAUCUUGUCGGACCAUUAUUCUUUGUAUUUAAUAGUGAACCUUUAUCAUGUCUCUACUGUUCCGAAAAAGAUAAUACAAUUGGAGUACGAAAAAUAUUAUCGAAUAAACAAUUAUUAAAUUGUGAACCGGAGGAAGUAUCACAAGUAUUUGUGGGAGCUAGAAUAGUUGGAGCAAAUGAUCGAAUUUCAUUAAAAAGUUAUACCGGAAAAUAUAUUUCGUCAGAUAAAUUUGGAGUUAUUACCUCGGAUAAAGAAGCUAUUGGACCUCAAGAAGAAUGGAUACCAAUUUUAAAAGAACAUGGAAUUGCUUUACAAAAUAAUUAUGAUCAAUUCUUAAGUGUAGAUGAAAUAGCUGAUGAAGGUGGAUUUAAAUUAAGGGCGGAUGCAGAAACGAUAGGAUUUUGUGAAACUUGGCACAUCAAAUGUCAAGCUAAAUUUAGAAAAAAAGCCAAAAGUGAUAAAAAAGAAAUUAAGAAAAUUGAUGAAGUUGAAAUUGAACAAAUUAAAAAAUUUCAAACGUGGGGUGGAGGCAGAAUAAAAACUACCAACGAAGAUGUUUCAGAAUUAAAGAAAGCAAAGAAAGAGGGAAGAGUUGCAGAAGCUCUUCUUGAUCGUCGUGAAAAAGUUAAAGCUGAUCCAGAUUUUGCUCAUAAAACCGUAGUGAUUACGCUUGUUGUAUUUGGUUUCGUUACAGUAGGUAUGCAGUUAAAUCGAAGACUUGCGAAACGUAAAGAAUGGACUACUCAAAAAGAAUUGGAACAACUUUCACAAAAUGAAAAAUUACCAAUACAGAAUGAUAAUUCCUCUACAACAUAA